AGGGCACGAACCCGUGUCCCCUGCAUUGGCAGGCAGACUCUCAACCACUGCGCCACCAGGGAAGCCCAGGCCCAUAGUUCUUAUACAUAAAAGCAGGAGAAGUUUAAUGAAGAAAGAGGCUGCCCUUAGAGAGUGAACUUCUCAUAUUCCAAAAGUAAUUAUUUACCAGGAAGAAAAAGAAAAAAGGAAAACAAAAUCCCAAGAACAGAAGCUGGCAGCCCAAACAAAAGAGGAAGUGAAAUCCUGAAGGCCACUUGAACAAAACAGAGAUGAUGGGGAGUGAGAUCCUGGAGGACCGUAGCUGGUAACAGAGGACACCCUGUCUCCUACCAAGGUGGGAGGUUUCAGUACAGAGGACUUCCAACCAAAUUCUGGGACCACUAAGGAGACAAUAGAGCUCGACUCUUGCAGAAUCUGUGCCAGGCCUGGCUAGAGCACAGACAUCCAUCAAACAUGAUCCCUACCCACAGUCCAAGAGGAGUGAUAAGCUCUAUAGUUCUUCCAGGCUACUUUGUAGCAAUUUGAGUCUAAAGCAUCACCUGCCACUGGAACCCAAAGGUCUAGGAGGAGCUUCAAGCUGUGACAAGACUCCCAAUGGAUUCAUCUGAGGUUAACCCAACCUGGACCCUGGAGUCUCCUCAAACAUCCAUCGAUGAAAAUUCCCAGGCGAUUCCAGUUGCCUCUCAACCUAUGUCUGAAGUGUUAAUAAAGAACCUCAGUAACCUGACGCCCAACCCUAGUAUCAAAUUGCCAUUCAUUCUACCAGAAUGUCUACGUCAGCCAACUGGGCGGUUACUUGGUGAAACCAUACCCUAUAGGAGAGGGGUGAGGACCGUGUUAACUGAUCGGACAGAUAAGAUAGAACGUCUGAUUCAAUCUGUUAAAAAACGCUACAGCAAAGGAGUUCCUCGGUCUGACUCUCAAAGAGAACCAUGGCAGAAUGAUGUUGAGACUCAGUCAAGAGGGCAAAGGUUUAGAAGUAGCUGUCGUUUUUGCUGGUUUCUUAGAGAUCCUUCUGAGGAUAAUUAUGAGAAUUAUUACAACAAUAAGUAUUACAGUAAUUAUGACAUGGAGUCGAAGGAGCCAUAAACCUUAUUCUUGUACUGUUUUUUAUUCCUGGUAAUUUUAGGAUCAUUAUGAAGCUUGGGAAAGAUUGUGCACCAAUAUUUUGAUAACCUAUAUUACAAGUUCUGUGAUGUCCAUUUUUCUUGCAUCUCUUUACUACCUUAAUACAGUAACUUAUAAGGAAUCUAUGUAGCUUGCAUUUGAAUGACUUGAAUAUAUUUCAGUUCCACUUUGUGAAACAAAUUAACUUGUGUGGAAGGAAAGUGAAGAAAACGUUGGGUGGCUUGACCACAGCAUUGUUAGAACAGCAUGUUGAAUUGUAAUAAAAAUUUUUGACGUGCUGUUUCAAUUUUCAGUAGCAAAUAAAUGCGUUUAUAGGGGAUCUUAUUAAAAUUUGAGACUUAUUUGAGUACCUUUAAAAAAAUUCUUGUUAUUUUAGACUUGUUUUUUUCUUUUUUUUUUCCUACGGUACA